AUGGACAGUUUCUUGGUGGAUUUCCAAUAUGAGAAACUGACAAGGUUUUACUUCAUAUAUGGUCUCUUGGGACAUUUGCAAAAGGAUUGCCACAUAGUAAACUCUCAUACUACUCCACAAUAUGGCGCUUGGCUGCGAGCAAAUUCUAUUUUGAUUUCACCUAAAGGAUCAAAACUAGGUGUUGGUAAUCGCCGUCCUGAGUCUACCAAUUCUCAAUCUCAUACUCAUGAUGAUAGGACAAGGAUUUCACAGAAGGGAUCUGAAUCUGCGACAAGGAGCAUUGAUGGAGAUUUACCGUUACUCCCAGAAACAGUUAUGGAAAUUGAAUCACGAACGGUUUCAGAGAAGAUAGCAAUUGAAAAACCUCCUAUGCAAUUGAUGCUAUUGACGAGGGAUGACUCUGGUCGGCUCAUGUUUCCAGCUGUUAACGUUCAUCAUCUUAUAUCUUCUGUAUCUGAUCAUUGUCUGAUACUUUUGGGUCUAGAUGAUUUCGGUGAAAGGAACAUUCAGUUUGGCAAGAGGUUUCAUUUUGAAGCCAUUUGGACUAAGGAAAUUGAGUGUGAACAGAUUAUUGGUAACGUAUGGGGCUCUGCAAGUGACGGGUUAGUUCCAGUGCAACAUCUUUUAUCAAGAUUGGCUAUUUGUGCACAAAAGUUGAGGAAUUGGAAUAAGUAUAAUUUUGGACAAAUUACUCAUGAAUUAAAGGAGUGCCAUCAUUCCUUAGCAUCCAUGAAGUUGGCAUCGGGUUCAACGGGAAAUUUUCGUCAAGUAAGGGCACUUGAGCACCAGAUUAAUGGACUAUUAGAGAAAGAGGAAAUUAAAUGGAAGCAGCGAUCUAGAUUAUCGUGGUUGAGAGAGGGUGAUCGAAACACUAGAUUUUUCCACAAUCAUGCUUCUUCUAGGCAACGCUGUAAUACCAUUAUAGGUGUUACUAAUGGUUUGGGAAUUUGGGAUGAUAAUCCAGUUUGUUUCCCUAAGGUUUUCCUUAAUUAUUUCGACAACCUGUUUUCUACUGGCGGCUCUUUGGUAGAUGAAGAUGUUUUAUUUGGAGUUCAAGGAAGAGUUUCAGAUGAAAUGAAUUUGAACUUAUCUCGCCCAUUUACUGCAGAUGAAGUGAAGGCUAGUUUAUUCCAAAUGCAUCCCACAAAAGCCCCAGGUUGUGAUGGAAUGCCUACAUUGUUUUUUCAAGAGUAUUGGCCAAUUGUUGGUCCGCAAUUAACAGAGGCAUGUCUGGAUGUUUUAAAAAACAAUGGUGAUGUAAGCAUGGCAAAUCACACUUAG